AUGAGACGGUUCGGAGCGCUUCCACUGCUGCUGAUGAGCGUUUUCAUCAUGGCUGCUGGUGGUCCUGUCGAAAAAAGUGAGCUUGCCAAGCCUGAAAUGGCUCGAAACAACCUACCAAUGUCGGCUAAUAUGAACAACUACGUUGAUAUUAUAAUGAUUCAAGUUGGACCAUGGUUAAACGAAAACUACAUACCCAUUGACCUGCCUGACAUCGUUGAAGGAUUUGAGCAUAGACCGAUCUUGAUUACCUACCAUGGGGAAUUGGAGCUUACCAACGGAGUUUUUCACAACAUCCAAAGCGUGGUACGCAGCGGAACGGCAAUGAUGCACUACGAUGGCACGCUGCUCCGUGUAAACAUUGGUGCUAACUUGAGACAGCUUGCGUUUACCUAUGACUACUCCGCUCACAUUAUGGAUUUGGGUCCGUCCGGCUGGGUAGAUGUAGAUGUUGCAACGGUAACGUUCCAGUCGGAGUUCAUUAUCAACUUGAACAACUUCUUUAUCUAUUUGGGAGACUUCCGGCUCACUAAUAUGGGUUCCCUGAACAUCCGAUUCCGUGGCUCGAUACUGGUGGACUGGUUGAUGAACAUUUUCGUCAGCAUCAUCACCACGGUCUUCAACAAUACUAUAACAAACGUUGUCUCGAACUCGUUGAACGCAUUCAUCCAAGCUACGCUGGAUGAAAUGAAUGCCAGAAUACAAGCCCAAGGACGUGCCUUGACUGAGCAAGAGCUGGUCCAGCUCGUGGAGCAGUUGAAGACCAUGUUUUAG